AUGGUAACUCAAGGCGAGGUCGCAUCACCCAUCACCAUGGAUUGGAAGCCACCGACACCCUUCUCCUGCAUGACUAUGCGUUUCCGUUGCCACCAGAACAAGCAGGACGACAGAUCGGUCCCACAAGCGUCCAAAUGUGGUAGCAGCUACAAUGACUCGUGCCUGCAAGAUCCCGCGUUCAUGGUAUCCACGGCGCGCAUGUUGCGUCUAGUGUGA